GUUGCAUUUGAAAUACCUAUCUAACGGAAUUGCUUAAUAUUUGUACGUAUGUGAAGCGGAUGUGGUUUAGUGAAAGAUGCUUCAGUGGAAUUGGGCUGAGAUCCUAUCAUUCUGAUUCGAAAUGAAACAGAGCACUAAAUUGAAAACAAUUUGGUGGUUUAAAUAGCCUAUUAUGUCACUUUAUCGGGUCAAUGUAGUCUGUAAAGUGAAAAGUGUGUGCUUGACACGUCAGUCUUUUCGAUUUUUAAUAGUGUAGUGUAAUGAUUGAUGGAAUAUAGUCUUACUAUUUCAAUAUAUCCCUAAACAGUUCAUAUGAAUAGGACACCACAGAAGAAUGAGUAGUUUAAACUUAAGACUAACAAAUAACUGAGGAAGUACAAGAGUAGUAAAUGUAAUAUCUGACCAAAACAAGUUACCUUCAGAAUAUUUUGACAAAGCCUAGAAAAUGUGACCCGGAUGAGACAAAUCUCGACCCGGAAGUUGUCAUUACGUUGUCCAGUUCUGUCAAUGUGACUUACCCACCGUACUACCUAGCAGCUUUGCUUCUAAAGCAUUCUUUAAAAUGUUCCUAACUACAGUUAAUUUGGCCAAGGCGAAGUCAAAGACACUGCUGGUGCAAAUGAUGAGUGCUGCUGGGACGGGUUACUGCUUCAACACCAAGAGGAAUCGAUUACGGGAAAAGUUAGUACUGCGCAAACACGAUCCAUUUGUGAACAAGCAUGUCCUCUUUAUUGAAAAGAAGAAGAUCAGGUCAAUUUAAUAGUGAUGCAUAUAACUAAGGACAAGUAAGACGGCACUAUUUGAGCUGGCCAUGUGUUUGGCACUGUGUUUCCUAAAAAUGAACCAAGCCAACCGUCUUCCCUGAGCUGCGGGGAUCAGUACAAAGAAGAAAAGUUAUUUUGGGAUAAUUCAAGCUGGACAUAUCAUCAACUCACUGCAAAUGUUACUUGUCACCAAACAAAGGCAGAUCCUCAAACAGAUAUAUUUUCCCUCUGGUAAAUGGAUUUUAAUCCAAAGGGAAUAUGUCACUUUUGUUUUCAUUGUGCCGUACAUGAUACUUCAGAGAUGUCCUUCUUGGUAUAUCCCAUUUCAGGUCCUGCUUUGAAUGUUGAGUGCCAGUACCUGUACUUGGCGCAAUGUAACCAUGAAUUAAUGUUGCAAAAUAUCAAAUUCUGUUUACCUUGCACUUUUAGGGUCACAGUAAGUAGUUUGAGUUGGUUUGUCUUCAUGUUGUUAAGA